AUCUUGGCCUAAGGUGAAAUACUAUUCUUGAAAAGGGUGUAGCAUAGGUUGUGAGUGUUAGAAGUUGGGAGAGGCAACAGUUUCAUUUUCAAGUCAAUACACAUAUUUGCUCUAAUCUGGGAGAAAAUGGAAAAAGUUAUCUCUAAUGUGUCUUCUUCGUCUAAGAUUUUAAAGUGGGUUUGCUUCAUUUUGCUGCCUUCAACGACGAUUAUUCAUAUUGUCUCUGCUGCAACAAGAAAUUGGUACCAUCAGGGGGACACAAUGUAUGGUCUAUUUAAAUCUGAGAAAGGAACUGAUGUCAGAAGCAUUGACGGAGUUUUUUUAGACACAUAUCCAUUCUACAGAUUUUGUCAGGUUGGAAUUUCUUUGUCAUUAGUUUUUCUGCUACUUUCACAAUUAUUAGCUCUAGCUAUGGUUUGUAAGUGUGUAGAAAGUUGUAAAUGUAAGAAAUUCCUUUUAAGCUUUGUAAUUUUGGCUUGCCUUCUUACCGGUACAACUUGGAUAGUGUUUGUAGCUAAAGUUUCAGACGAAGAUAUGUUUAACAAUCCAGUUUUGGAACGAUUUGGUUAUUCUUUUGGCCUGGCUAUUAUUUCUACGAUAUUUUCUUUCGUCACAAGUAUAAUAAUAUUUAAAAUGAACAGUGGAGAGGAACGCCCACAACAAAGACGCGGAAUGCAAUUUAAUACUCCAAAUUUCCUACAAGGAUCAAAUCAAGUACCACCCGGUUUAUAUCCUAAACUUGGAGGUGAUCGAGGAAGAAGUCGUUCCCCAGUGAAAGGUCAAGCUCCUCCAUACACUCCUUACUACAAUAAUGAAGAAGGAAACAGGGGAAAUCCAGCACAGCCUCGUAUGAGUCGUAGAGAUGGUAAUGAAGGACGCUAUGAUGAAAUAGUCGCUAAUCCUGGCUAUUUAGAAAUGCCUUAACAAUUAAACAAAAUACGAAGUAGUUUAAUAUUUAAUGGAUUUGAAAAAACAAGCAAAAAGGCAACAAAAUAUCUAUUUAACUCUUGAAAGUAUAUAAAAAACUAAAUGAUUAUCAUUUUCCUUUUAACAAUAAAGUAUCUAAUAUAUUUGUCUCUUAUCAAAGGAGAAAACAAAAAAAGAAGCGAACGUCUUAAAACUAUUAGUCACACGUUCCCGCUCACGAAGUUAUUCGACCUCUAUUAAUAUAGAAAUAUUUUAUCAAUAGCUAAAGAAAGGGUAUUAAUAUUAAAGAAUAAAAUAUUCUAUGAACGCAAGAGGGCAAAUAGGACG